GCUUUUAGCUAAAAAUACAAAAUGGCGUACAGCGAAGUCACAGCCGGACCUGGAAAGGUGUUUACUCCAAAAAGUCGAAUUGAGUUAACAAUAUCUUGCAAAAAUCUAGCAGACAAAGAUGUAUUUUCGAAAUCUGAUCCAUUGUGCGUUCUUUUUGUUAAACCACCAAGAGCAACUGGAUUCGUUGAGCAUGAUAGAACGGAAGUCGUCAAAGAUUCAUUAAAUCCUACAUUUAAACAUAAAUUUGUUAUUGAUUAUAUGUUUGAAGAAGUUCAAGAAUUGAAAUUUCAAGUGUACGAUUCCGAUUCAAAGAGUAGUAAUCUCAAAAAUCACGAAUUCUUAGGGGAAGCUCAAUGCAGAUUGUCUGAGAUAGUUGGCAAAGGUACGCUUGUGUCUACCUUAAAGUCGUCUGGAUCCUUUAAGAAAAGUUCCAUUUCAAUUCGAAGUCAAGAAGUUGCUCAUUCCAAUGAUAAGGUUUUAUUGCAAUUCCAUGCCAAUAAUUUGGAUAAAAAAGAUUUUUUGGGAAAAUCGGAUCCUUAUGUUGUUUUAUAUAGAGAAAAUAUGGAUAGAACGUUUACAGUUAUUCACAAAACGGAAGUUAUUCAAAAUACAUUGAAUCCGAAAUGGAGAGCUUUUCAACUUCCAGUACAGUCGAUAGCUUUGAAAAGUGGUGAUGCAGACUUGAAGAUAGAGAUCUAUGAUUGGGAUAAAAACUCCUCCGAUGAUUUAAUUGGAAUAUGCUCUACCUCAUUUACUAAGCUAAAAGCAGGACCAGGACAACAUAAUACCUAUGAGGUUAUUAAUCCGAAAAAGAAAAGUAAGAAAUCUUAUAAGAAUUCUGGGACUAUCAGUUUAACCCAGUAUCAAUACGUUCAAGAGCCCUCUUUCCUAGAUUUCAUUCAAGGAGGUUUGGAAAUAAAUCUUAUAAUAUCCAUCGAUUUUACUCAAUCAAAUGGCCAUCCACAAUCCCGAGAUUCUUUACAUUACUAUACCCAAAAUAAGCAUAGUCAAUAUGGAUUAGCAUUGUAUUCUGUUGGAGAAAUUUUACAAGAUUAUGACCACAAAAAGAGGUUUCCUGCUCUUGGAUUUGGAGGUUUAUUGCCAAAUCAACAAGUAUCGCAUUGUUUUUUUCUGAAUGGUAGUUCAUCAGAUCCUGAUUGUUUGGGAAUUCCAGGAAUAAUGCAAGCUUAUUAUUCUUCCUUGCAAACUGUGAAUCUAUAUGGACCAACCAAUUUUUCUCCAUGUAUUAAUUAUACAGCCAACCGUGUGAGACAGAGCUCAUCACCUGACAAGUAUACGAUCCUGUUAAUUAUAACUGAUGGUAUUAUAACAGAUAUGCAUGAAACAAUCAGAGCUAUUAUUGAUGCAUCUUUCUUGCCGCUUUCAAUUAUUAUAGUCGGUGUUGGUCGAGCAGAUUUUUCAGCAAUGGAUCAUCUAGAUGCUGAUAAAAGAAAUCUUUCUUCCGGUGGGAGAACAGCGUGUCGAGAUAUUGUUCAAUUUGUACCAUUUCAGAGUAUUUUGGAUAGGUACGGAAAUAAUAUUGAUGCCGCUAAAGCAGAAUUGGCAAAAUGCGUUCUUGCUGAAGUACCUCAACAAGUUAUUGGUUAUAUGAAAUUUAAAAAUAUUAAACCUAGCGCUAGAAAAUCUUUUCGCGGCCAGCCAGGCGGUCCAGAACCUCAAGGUCCACCUCCUGCUAACCCUGUUUAUCCUACACCUGGCGCCCCCUCUGGACCCAGCCAGAAUGCUGGACAAUUACCGUAUCCUGGGCAAAAUGCUUAUCCUGCGCCUGGGGCACCAUCGGCUCCAUAUAAUAAUGCUGGACAAGCACCUUAUCCAGGGCAGAAUCCUUAUCCUGGAUCAGCACCUAUACCUGGAGCACCGCCAGCUUCCCAACAAAAUUCCGGAUAUAGUCCUUAUCCUGGUUCGGCUCCUCUUCCAGGAGCACCGCCGUCAUCUCAACCAAGCUCUGCACCUAGUCCUUAUCCUGGGACAGCCCCAUCAGCGCCAAAUUUCAAUUCUGGACAAGCACCUUAUCCUUCGGGAGGACCAUCCAACCAAGUACCAUACCCUGGAGGCGGUCCUAUGGCACCUGGAGCAAAUCCAGCUCAAGCUCCCUAUCCUGGAGGAGGCUUUAUGGCACCAUCCUCGCAGGCUUCGCAGUCCCCUUAUCCAAAUUUUUCGGGAUCGAACUCUAAUACCUAUCCUACCGCACCUCCGGGAAACCAACAAGGACAGAGUCCCUAUCCAAAUAAUCAACAGCACUAUCCAAGCCCUUAUCCUAAUCCUUAA